UACAUAUUAUAAUAUUCAUUCAAUAACCAUCAGUAAAAGUUCACUCUAGACAGUAAAGUCACUGCGUUUUUCCUUUGUAAGGUUUGUAAAAGGUUGCUGAAUUUGAGAAAGAUGAAUACACUUAAGAAAACCGGUUGAAAGACAAGCAUUAUAAUUUAGUUCUAUUAUUAUUUUUUAGGAAUUUUAAUACUUACAGUCAGUAAAACAUAAUGAAUGUUAAUAAACCACCAUAUACUUUAGAACAGGGGUCCCCAAACUCUGGGCCAUGGACAGGUACCCAUCCGUGGCCUAUUAGGAACCAGGCCACACAGCAGGCAGUAACCAUUACUGCCUGAGCUCCGCCUCCUGUCAGAUCAGUGGCUGCAUUAGAUUGUCAUAGGAGCAUGAACCCUAUUGUGAACUGCGGAUGCGUGGGAUUUAGGUUGUGGCUUCUUAUCAGAAUCUAAUACCUUAUGAUCUGCGGUGUUCUAGAACAGCUUCAUCCCGAAACCAUCAACCCUCCCCAUCCCCAUCCAUGGAAAAACUGUCUUCCACAAAACAGGUCCCUGGUGCCAAAAAUCUUGGGGACUGCUGCUUUAGAAAGUUUAAUUCAUAUCCACCCUUCCCACUUAAAUUUUAAUGAAUUUAACCAUCACCCCUUUUAUGAAUGCAGAAAGUUAGUCUCUUGUCCUCUUAUUAUUGAUUUGUGAAAUAAAGUGCCAGUUUUCUUCCAGUUUUAUUCCUUUAAUUAGAAUAAUUACAGAAUAUUCUAAUUAAAGGAGUGCUUAUUUAGUCUACCACUAUACUUAAAAGGUACUUAUUUAGUCUACCACCUUAUUUAAAGGAUGAAGGAAAAGGCCCAAAUUUGUUUAGGGUCACAACCUGUUAGUGGGCAGGUUUAGACCUUACGUCUAAGAUAGAUGUAAGAUAGACGAUAAGCUCAAGGUAUUUUCUAACCAUUUAGAGUGUGUUGCAGAGAAUAGAGAUAGGUUAGGAAGAUAACAAUAUAACCAACUAUUUGCUCUUCAUGUUUAGUUUGAGAUAACGGAAAUCAUUCUCUUGGACAUACUUUCUUAUCUUUAUCUCUCAUUUCAAACUAGUUAACAACCCGUUGGCCACCAGGAUCUAAGGUGACAAUGGUAGGAAAUGAGUUCAUGACCUGGCUUAAAUUUUUAAUUACUGUCAAAAAUACCAGCAAUACACAUACUAAAAACAAAAACAAAAGCAAAAAAGCCAUUAAUUUAUUUUACCCACUUCAAUUCCAUCCAUCAUCUACUUUGUAGGCCCCAUUAUUUAAAAUGAAAUACUUAAGCACGUGAAUCUUCAGAGGAUGGGUAAUUUCAUGUUCCAACGGAACAAUAAAAAACUCAUAAUCGGCCAGGCACGGUGGCUCACACCUGUAAUCCCAGCACUUUGGGAGGCCAAGGCGGGCGGAUCACGAGGUCAAGAUCUUGAUCGAGACCAUCCUGGCCAACAUGGUGAAACCCCGUCUCUACUAAUAAUACAAAAAUUAACUGGGUGUCGUGGCACGCGCCUGUAGUUCCAGCUACUCGGGAGGCUGAAGCAGGAGAAUCGCUUGAACCUGGGAGGCAGAAGUUGCAAGUGAGCCGAGAUCGCGCCACUGCACUGGAGCCUGGCGACAGAGCGAGACUCCGGAUCAAAAAAAACCAAAACCAAAACCAAAAAAAAACCUAUCAAAGUGACUUUGAAAUUUGUGUAUAAACACUGAUAUACAUUUUUUAAUACUUUGCUUUUCACUUUUAUGCCUCCAGGUUACUACAGCUAAGAAGAGAAAAUAUAUACGUAUGAGUGUGUGUACACACACACACACGCAUAUAACUUUUUAAAAUUCAGAAGUUGAAAGGUCCAGAACGAUAGUAAGAAACUAACGUAGAAUAGCCACAGGUGAUUAAUAACACGUUUCAUGAAAGGCACAUGGAAAUAAAUGGCAACAAAAGCUACUUUCAUGGUAAUCUCACAUCCCACGAAUACUGAAAUGAAAAUCGCCGCGGCAAUGGACUGUGGUUCAGGUGGAACACGUUCUCGUUCGCUAAGGAGAUUGAUGCUUUUCAUCUAAAAGCAGCGCUCAUGGCGAAGAGGCUUAAGGCCACAAAACCGUGGGACAGCAGGAGGAAGAGAAGCCAGGUAUCUCCACUCCAGCUGCCCUGCCUCAGACUCCUAAGUUUCGCACGUGAGGAUCGUCUUGCAGGCACUGACUGGAGAUGGAAUCCUAAAGCACAGGUGAAGCGGAAAUCCUCCUUCAGGGAAAGCCGACUGAGGAAGCCAGCGGCUAGCACGAGGCAGGACAGGAUACCUCCCUCUUCGCCCACGGCGGCCUCUCUGUCAUAGUAGCCGCCGUUCUGCCACUCAUGCAGCUUUCUAAGACACCUCUCGGUUCCCCAGCGCUUUCAGUGGGGCGGCCGGCCGCUCCGGAGGGCUGCAAGAGGAGGCCCGGCGUGCUGAGCCAGCCUCGCUCCCCCCGCGGUCCCCUCUUAGAAAGCCGGCCCGCCGGCGAGAGCCAGCCUAAGGCGCGGACAACCAACGAGGUGUCAGGCUCGGCAGGGGAUUGCUUCUGUCUGGGGCCCGGCCGAGGUUGCGUUCGUGCCUCGCGCGCACACGCUCCGCGUUCACUCAGCCAAUCCGGUGCUACUCGCGCGCCCAGGAGCGAUCCGCGGUCCUACUCAGGCUGGGCCGGCUCCUUCCCGCUCCCAAUACUCAGCACCCGAGCUCUCACUCCUCCCCUCACUCUCCACGAGUUCCACGCCUAGGGGUGUAGCUCCGCCCUUGUCCCCGAGUCCGCCCCCGCAACCUCCAGAGCGUGUGCUAUCCUUUCCUCUCAGUCCUGCCAUCUAGCUGCCUUGGGUCUCGCGCUCUGCAGAGCGUUCCGACUCUCUCCUGCCUCGUUCUGCCGCCUCCGCGCGCUCUCCCCGUGCGGCCACCGCGCCCCCCAAGCUUGCCUCCUUCUUGCCGGACUUGGGGCCGCGCGCCCUGACUCCUCCCCCUCCCGCGGACCCGCGCACUCCCGGCGCGGCCUCUCCCCUACGCAGGCCACCGAGCACUCUGCGGCCUCCCCCUCCUUCCCCGCUCUCCUCGCGCUUCUCUGGCUCCCUAGCUGUCGCGCUCUCCUCGGCGAGCGCGCUCCCGGCCCGCGCGCUCCGGGCUCCGGUUUCUCCCGGCUCCUGUCAGUGCGGUGACUGCGCUGGGAAACAUGGCGACCGAGGGAAUGAUCCUUACUAACCACGACCAUCAAAUCCGUGUCGGAGUCCUUACAGUGAGUGAUAGUUGCUUCAGGAAUCUUGCAGAAGACCGCAGUGGGAUAAAUCUCAAAGAUCUCGUACAAGAUCCUUCUUUGUUGGGUGGGACUAUAUCAGCAUACAAGAUAGUACCAGACGAAAUAGAAGAAAUCAAGGAAACCCUGAUAGAUUGGUGUGAUGAAAAGGAACUUAAUUUGAUAUUAACAACUGGAGGAACAGGAUUUGCACCACGAGAUGUCACUCCAGAGAAAUUCCCAACAUUCCCAUUUUGUGGGCUCCAGAAAGGGGCCACAAAAGAAGUAAUAGAACGGGAAGCACCAGGGAUGGCCCUGGCAAUGCUGAUGGGAUCACUUAAUGUUACACCUCUGGGCAUGCUCUCUAGGCCUGUAUGUGGAAUCAGAGGGAAAACGCUCAUAAUUAACCUGCCAGGUAGCAAGAAAGGAUCUCAGGAAUGCUUUCAAUUCAUACUGCCAGCUCUACCUCAUGCCAUUGACCUUUUACGUGAUGCCAUUGUAAAAGUAAAGGAGGUGCAUGAUGAACUUGAAGAUUUGCCUUCCCCACCACCCCCUCUUUCCCCUCCUCCUACUACCAGCCCCCAUAAGCAGACAGAAGACAAAGGGGUUCAAUGUGAGGAAGAGGAAGAAGAGAAGAAAGACAGUGGUGUUGCUUCAACAGAAGAUAGUUCCUCAUCACAUAUAACUGCAGCAGCCAUUGCUGCCAAGAAGCAUCCAUUCUACACCAGUCCUGCUGUUGUCAUGGCACACGGUGAACAGCCCAUCCCUGGUCUCAUCAAUUAUUCCCAUCAUUCAACAGAUGAACGGAUUCCAGACUCCAUCAUUUCUCGUGGUGUUCAGGUGCUCCCACGAGACACAGCCUCCCUCAGCACUACUCCUUCAGAAUCACCUCGUGCGCAGGCUACAUCUCGCCUCUCUACAGCUUCCUGCCCAACACCAAAACAAAUUAGACGGCCGGAUGAAAGCAAAGGAGUUGCUAGUAGAGUUGGAUCCCUCAAACUCCAUCGAAAGCUGGAGGAGCUCAGAGAUCACCUAGAAGGCAAUGUGAAAGGAUACUCUCUCAGAGUAAAUGUCCAGUCCAGGUGCAGCAGCAAGGAGAACAUUCUCAGAGCCAGUCACAGUGCUGUCGAUAUCACCAAGGUGGCUAGAAGACAUCGCAUGUCUCCUUUUCCUCUGACAUCUAUGGACAAAGCCUUUAUCACAGUCCUGGAGAUGACUCCGGUGCUUGGGACAGAAAUCAUCAAUUACCGAGAUGGAAUGGGGCGAGUCCUUGCUCAAGAUGUAUAUGCAAAAGACAAUUUACCCCCCUUCCCAGCAUCAGUAAAAGAUGGCUAUGCUGUCCGAGCUGCUGAUGGCCCAGGAGAUCGUUUCAUCAUUGGGGAAUCCCAAGCUGGUGAACAGCCAACUCAGACAGUAAUGCCAGGACAAGUCAUGCGGGUUACAACAGGUGCUCCAAUACCCUGCGGUGCUGAUGCAGUAGUACAAGUGGAAGAUACCGAACUUAUCAGGGAAUCAGAUGAUGGCACUGAAGAACUUGAAGUGCGAAUUCUGGUGCAAGCUCGGCCAGGCCAAGAUAUCAGACCCAUCGGCCAUGACAUUAAAAGAGGGGAAUGUGUUUUGGCCAAAGGAACCCACAUGGGCCCCUCAGAGAUUGGUCUUCUGGCAACUGUAGGUGUCACAGAGGUUGAAGUUAAUAAGUUUCCAGUGGUUGCAGUCAUGUCAACAGGGAAUGAGCUGCUAAAUCCUGAAGAUGACCUCUUACCAGGGAAGAUUCGAGACAGCAAUCGUUCAACUCUUCUAGCAACAAUUCAGGAACAUGGUUACCCCACAAUCAACUUGGGUAUUGUAGGAGACAACCCAGAUGACUUACUCAAUGCCUUGAAUGAGGGUAUCAGUCGUGCUGAUGUCAUCAUCACAUCAGGGGGUGUAUCCAUGGGGGAAAAGGACUAUCUCAAGCAGGUGCUGGACAUUGAUCUUCAUGCUCAGAUCCAUUUUGGCAGGGUUUUUAUGAAACCAGGGUUGCCAACAACAUUUGCAACUUUGGAUAUUGAUGGUGUAAGAAAAAUAAUCUUUGCACUACCUGGGAAUCCUGUAUCGGCUGUGGUCACCUGCAAUCUCUUUGUUGUGCCUGCACUGAGGAAAAUGCAGGGCAUCUUGGAUCCUCGGCCAACCAUCAUCAAAGCAAGGUUAUCAUGUGAUGUAAAACUUGAUCCUCGUCCAGAAUACCAUCGGUGUAUACUAACUUGGCAUCACCAAGAACCACUACCUUGGGCACAGAGUACAGGUAAUCAAAUGAGCAGCCGUCUGAUGAGCAUGCGCAGUGCCAAUGGAUUGUUGAUGCUACCUCCAAAGACAGAACAGUACGUGGAGCUCCACAAAGGCGAGGUGGUGGAUGUCAUGGUCAUUGGACGGCUAUGAUGGUCACCAGCAGGAGAAAGCUUUGAUGCAUGUCCACAUAUCAUUGACUGUAUCCUGUAAUAUGCAACGGCACAGCUAGUUUUCCCGAUUUGGAUAAAAGUUGAUCUGUAUAGUCAACAUCUUGAACUAUAUUUCAAAUGAAUUUAAAUAUCUUUUAAAGAAAAAAACACCUAAAAAUAAAUCUUAACAGAAAAUUCUAUUCUGAUUAUAUCAAGGCAAAUUUUUCCUUUCUUGCAAAUUGCUUUGUGUGUUCAAUGCUAGGUCUGAUAGCGAUAGCUUUUAGUAGACAGCGGUAGGUGCCUGCAGAACUUGUGUUUUUCUCAUCUUUAAAAUACAACUACUUAUGCUCUUAAAUCAAGGCUGUCUGCUUAUUUAUACUAGCGUAGGCAACACUUGGAUUUCCCUUCUUAGUAUGCUUCAUAACUGCUUUACAGAGAGCUUUUGCUUGUUCUUUCUCAUGUAUCUCGUGUUUAUGUGCACAGUGCCAAAAGAAGACUGACUGGGUGGAGGCUCUGCCUUGCCUCAAGAACCAUCCCCUGCAGAGCAUCCAGGGAGGUUUCUCGCCCCAAUAGCCUCACGGCACAGUACUCUUGGGCAGUAACUGGACACCUUUUAUUUGAACAAACAAACUGAAGAAAAAAUGCUUCCUUCAGUGCUGACAGCCUUUUUAACCAAUACAUUUAAAAUUGUACAGAACAAAAAAAUAAAAUCAAAGACUGAUCUUGUACAGAUAUUAGUGUUACCAGCAUUCAUGUGGAAAUCAAGAGCAAAGACAAAAUAAUGUUAAACAAUUCUGUACCAUAACAUUUUCUGUAAUGAUACUGAAACUUAAUGAAUAAAAAAAUUCCUUGAUCAUUAUUUAAAAA